CUGGCAGCCUGUAAACAUUCAUAACCAAUUCACUCCCUUUUCCUUUUCUUUUUUUUUAACACUAUUUUCUCCAUCUUAAACUUUCCUCCAUUUGCCCCCAAACAUUCAAUCAUUCCUUCCUCCCACUACUCCAGUUUUUGUCUCCUCAAGAACCCUAAUUUCUCUCUGUCCCUCUCUCAAUUAUUCUCUCCCAAUAAUCAAUUUCUAAUCUUUUUUACUUUUGUUUCUUUCUAUACCCUGACAACUCACGAUUAGGGUUCCUCUUUUUUGCAAUUUCAUUAGAUCGACUAGCUCUUCACUCGAUCCAAUUUCGUCUUCAAACUCUCAUUUUUCCGUUAGAUUUGCUACUACUUCUGCAUUUGUGAUUUUGGAAAAUUAUGUACUCUAAUUAGGGAUUUGGAUUUGUUUUUAGUGGAGGAGUUUAUUUUGCCGGAUUGUGUUUAUUCCGGCGAUAAUGGCGACUGAUAUACCAAUGAAUCCUCAAAUGGAGCAGAUCCAUGGGGAACUCCGAGACAAUUUUCGAGCUCUUGCGAAUGGUUUCCAGAAGCUGGACAAGAUCAAAGACCCUAAUAGACAAAGCAAGCAACUGGAGGAACUCACAGGCAAGAUGAGGGAAUGUAAAAGAUUGAUCAAGGAGUUUGAUCGGGAGAUUAAAGAUGAGGAGGGGAAAAUUCCACCAGAAGUCGAUAAGCAACUCAAUGAUGAGAAGCAAUCCAUGAUAAAAGAGCUAAAUUCAUAUGUGGGCUUACGAAAGACGUAUAUGAGCACCCUUGGUAACAAGAAGCUUGAAUUAUUUGACAUGGGAGCUGGAACCAGUGAACCAACAGCUGCAGAAAAUAUUCAGAUGGCUUCAUCAAUGACGAAUCAAGAGCUUAUUAAUGCUGGAAAUAAGACCAUGGAUGAGACUGAUCAGGCUAUCGAACGUUCUAAACAGGUAGUUGUACAGACGACCGAAAUUGCAACUGAAACUGCAACUAAAUUAAAGGGCCAAACUGAUCAAAUGGCUCGCAUCGGUAAUGAGCUGGACACAAUUCAAUUUUCACUCAAGAAGGCGUCUCAACUGGUCAAGGAGAUUGGACGACAGGUCGCCACAGACAAGUGUAUCAUGCUUUUUCUCUUUCUUAUCGUUGCAGGUGUCAUAGCCAUUAUUGUUGUGAAGAUUAUUCAUCCAAACAACAAAGAUAUCCGGGACAUUCCUGGAUUGGCACCUCCAGCCCCUGCAUCGAGGAGGCUCUUAUACGCCAAGGAUUUCAAACAUUUUGGAUAGUUGCUGAAUUCUACUCUUUCCACAGUUGCGCUUGGAACGCUGCCCUGGUAGUUGUGCAUAUUGAGUUUUUGUCGUUUGUAAAUCAUGUCGAAGAGGUUAUUGUUUACUUUCCUUUUGGCUUUUGCAUUCUUUACCCAAAAAAAGUUGGCUUUUCCUGAUCUUUGGUAUCACCAUUUAGCCUGUUGUCAAUAUUUCAUUUUGUGUAUACCCAGUGCGAGUAAAUUUGUGAUCAUUUUUUUAUUCACAUUCUUAUUGUGGCA